GGAGUCACAUACGACGCUCGGGCGCAAUUUUGUUCUUUGCUCUACUGCUGAGAUUCUAACGCUGCGGAGCCAAAAAGCAAGCACAGAUUAUGCCAUCUCAACUCUUCCUCUGAAGCAUGCGUGCCUGAGGAUAAUACGAACGGCAUGGGCACAGAAAUAAAGCCUCAUCAUCCACACAGUGUCCUCUUUUUGUAGGCAGGAAUUGCAUUUUCUUCCUUCUCUUCUCUUUAGAUGGCAGAUCUUGCAGCCUCUCCCCGAGUGUGGCAGCUCUUCUAAACGCAAGGGAGUAGAUCUAAGAAAGCGCAGGUGUGCCCGAGGUGCUUUCAAACUGGCUUUUUUGCUCGGGCGAGGUCUUUUCUGAGGAUUAUCAACCGAUGUGCAUAAAGGGACACUUUUGAUCGAAGUGGUGAAGGGGGCGAAAGGCAACAAAACUGACACCCAGGAGCUCUGGCGCAAGGCUCGACAUAUCACUGGAUUCUACAUUAAUACCUCAAGAACAAUGUCAUCUCAAACGAAGAUGAAGAAAGAUAAGGAGAUCAUUGCGGAGUAUGAAACGCAAGUGAAAGAAAUCCGUAAUCAGCUGGUGGAGCAAUUCAAGUGUCUGGAGCAACAGUCGGAGGCUCGCAUCCAGCUGCUGCAGGACCUACAGGAGUUUUUCCGCCGCAAGGCAGAGAUUCAGCUUGAGUAUUCACGCAGUCUGGAGAAACUAGCAGAGAGGUUUUCCUCAAAGAUCCGCGGCCCGAGGAAAGAACAGCAUCUUCUCUCGUCAGUAAACUGCUGGUAUCUGGUACUGAACCAGACUCGAAGAGAGAGCAGAGAUCAUGCCACGCUUAAUGACAUCUAUAUCAACAACGUCAUCAUUCGCCUGGCUCAGAUCAGCGAUGAUGUCAUCCGGCUCUUCAAAAAGAGUAAAGAAAUUGGGAUUCAGAUGCACGAGGAGCUAGUGAAGGUGACGAAUGAGCUGUACACUGUGAUGAAGACGUAUCACAUGUAUCACACGGAGAGCAUCAGUGCGGAGAGCAAGCUAAAGGAGGCUGAGAAACAAGAAGAGAAGCAAUUUAGCAAGUCUGGAGACCUCAACGUCAACCUCCUGCGCCACGAGGACCGACCCCAGCGCCGCAGCUCUGUCAGAAAGAUUGAGAAGAUGAAGGAAAAGAGGCAAGCCAAGUACUCAGAGAACAAGCUGAAAUGCACAAAAGCUCGCAAUGACUAUUUAUUGAACCUGGCAGCCACCAAUGCCGUUGUGGCGAAAUAUUACAUCCAUGACGUUUCGGAUAUGAUUGAUUGCUGUGACCUCGGAUAUCACGCUAGCUUGGCACGGACAUUUAGGACGUACCUGUCUGCUGAGUAUAACCUGGAGACCUCCCGUCACGAGGGUCUGGACAUCAUCGAGAAAGCUGUGGACAACCUGGACCCUCGCAAUGAUAAGCACAAGAUCAUGGAUAUGUACAAUCAGGUCUUUUGCCCACCAAUGCGCUUUGAGUUCCUGCCACACAUGGGAGAUGAGGUGUGCCAGGUGAGUGCCCAGCAGCCAGUUCAGACAGAACUACUGAUGCGCUACCACCAGCUACAGUCCCGACUGGCCACGCUCAAGAUCGAGAACGAAGAGGUACGCAAGACCCUGGAUGCAACCAUGCAGACCUUACAAGACAUGCUGACGGUGGAGGACUUUGAUGUGUCAGACGCCUUCCAGCACAGCCGAUCCACAGAGUCCAUUAAAUCGGUGGCUUCCGAGAGCUACAUGAGCAAGUUAAACAUCGCUAAGAGAAGAGCCAAUCAGCAGGAGACGGAAGUCUUCUACUUCACUAAAUUCAAGGAGUACCUGAACGGCAGCAACCUCAUCAUUAAACUGCAGGCCAAGCAUGACCUGCUGAAGCAGACCCUGGGGGAAGGAGAAAGAGCCGAAUGUGGAACUACAAGACCCCCAACCCUUCCCCCAAAACCACAGAAAUUGAGGAAACCAAGGCCUCGCUCCAUCUAUAACCAUAAGCUGUUUAAUGGCAAUUUGGAGAGUUUCAUUAAGGAUUCAGGUCAACCCAUUCCUGUCGUGGUGGAGAGCUGCGUUCGGUACAUUAAUCUAUAUGGGCUGCAACAGCAAGGCAUAUUCCGAGUUCCUGGAUCUCAGGUGGAAGUGAACGAUAUUAAAAACUCGUUUGAGAGAGGAGAAGAUCCACUGGUGGAUGAUCAGAGCGAUCACGACAUUAACUCAGUGGCAGGUGUUCUGAAGCUCUACUUUAGAGGCCUGGAGAACCCCCUAUUCCCUAAGGAACGCUUCUUAGAUCUCAUGUCCACCGUCAAGCUCGAAUUGUCAGCGGAGAGAGCUCACCACAUCCAGCAAAUAAUAGUCACCCUUCCUCGUACCGUCAUCAUCGUCAUGAGAUACCUGUUUGCAUUCCUAAAUCAUCUGUCCCAGUACAGUGAUGAGAACAUGAUGGACCCGUAUAACCUAGCCAUCUGUUUCGGGCCCACUCUGAUGCCCAUUCCGGACGGUCAGGACCCCGUGGCCUGCCAGGCUCAAGUUAAUGAGGUCAUCAAGACCAUCAUUAUCCACAAUGAGGUCAUCUUCCCCAGCCACCGGGAGCUGGAUGGUCCUGUCUAUGAGAAAUGCAUGACUGGAGGAGAGGAGUACUGUGACAGCCCUCACAGUGAACCAGGCACCAUUGAUGAAGCAGACAAUGGCACUGAGCCGCACACUAGCGAUGACGAGGUGGAACAGAUCGAAGCCAUCGCGAAGUUUGACUACAUGGGUCGUACCCCUCGAGAGCUGUCCUUUAAAAAAGGCGCGUCCCUCUUGCUGUAUCACCGUGCGUCUGAAGACUGGUGGGAGGGACGGCACAAUGGCGUUGAUGGACUUAUACCUCACCAGUACAUAGUAGUACAAGACAUGGAUGAUGCGUUCUCUGAUAGUUUAAGCCAGAAGGCGGACAGCGAGGCCAGUAGCGGACCUUUACUAGACGACAAAGCCUCAUCCAAAAACGAUCUUCAGUCACCAUGUGAACCCUCAUCCGAUUACAACUUCAGCGGGGUCAUGGGCCGUGUCAGGUUGCGUUCCGACGGGUCUGCUAUUCCCCGCCGUCGCAGUGGCACGGACUCUCACAGCCCUCCCCGGGACACGCCGCCACGGGCCGCCGCCUGCCCCAGCAGCCCCCAUAAGGUGGCCGUUAGUAGGGGCCACAUAGAAAGUCCAGAGAAGAGACGUCUGGGCACAUUCGGCAGUGCGGGCAGCAUUAACUACCCUGAGAGAAAGAUCUAUCCUGAGGGCCACCCGCUCAGACCUGUCCCAGGGGCGACGAGGCAUAGCAGUCUAGGAGACCACAAGUCUCUGGAGGCUGAAGCUUUAGCAGAGGACAUUGAGAAAACAAUGAACACUGCACUUCAUGAGCUACGCGAACUGGAACGUCAGAACACGGCCAAACAGGCUCCCGACAUCGUUCUGGAUACUCUUGAACCCCUCAAGAACCCGUUGAGCUCAGAGCCGGCGAGUCCCUUACACACCAUCAUGAUUCGAGACCCAGACGCAGCCCUGAGGCGCAGCAGCAGCUCCACCUCUGAGAUGAUGACGACCUUCAAACCGGCGCUGUCGGCGAGGUUCGCCGGGGCCCAACUCAGACCCCCGCCCAUGAGGCCUCUACGACCUCCACCCACACAACACCGAUCCAGCAGCUCCAGCUCCUCCGGGGUGGGAAGUCCAGCCGUGACCCCCACAGAGAAGAUGUUUCCGAACAACUCGAGCAACGCUGCAGCCUCCUCUGCCAAUUCGGGAGAAAAACCCGGAACCAUGUAGCGCUAGCAGGCUGGUGGCGAGGUGUAGCUGCCUAUGUCGGCGAGGUGAUACUCACGCCCAAGCCAGGAAGGUUCAGGUUCAGAAAAAGCUGUUCCCCCCUUUUAUUGUUUUUGGUUUCUUUUUUUGAGCCUUGGAAAGUUUUAGAAAUGCCCACCGGGUGGAGCCGUGGCCUGUUGGUCAAUGCAUGUGCUUUGACAAGUUGAGCCUUUGUGCUGGCGAUACGAGACAAGUCUGGCUCAGGUGAUUUGCUCUGUUCUUUGCAUUAUUUCUGGUUUUUCUGUGAAUAAAAGAGGCAAAAAGUCUGAAAUAUAUGUGAGAGAGGAAAGUCUGAAAGAAAAAUGAAGACAAAAGAAAUGCUUAAAUGCAUCUCCUGUUGAUCUUUUCUUUUCAUUUACCUCAGAUGUUUUUUUUUCUAAUGUUUUAGGCAUUGUUUCAGUUGGAGCAAGAUUAAACAUGCAUUUGUUUGCAUGCACUGGCCAAAAGUUUUGUUUAUUUAGAAAGAAAUAAACUCCUCUCAUUGGAGGAGUGUUGUGAUAUAGUCCCGCCUUCCACAACUGGACUGUACAUAUAAAAUAGCAUCGAACUUAAAGACCGUCUUUAACAUGGCCGGCCGACAACUGAGUUGUUGUAUAUAGAGAUAUACUGUACUUGAACUUGUAAUACCUUUCGUUUGUAGAAUAAGCGAUAUAUUAAGUAACAACAUAGCCAAGCUGUAAACAUACGUAUAUGAGAUGCAGAAAACCAAUAUACCAACUAAUUGUAAGAAACCUGUGGUAAAAUGUAGUUUUACUUGUAUAUACAUUUUGGGUAGAAUCUUUUUUUAAGUGUCAAUCUCGUAUAGCCUAGGAGCGAAAAGGCAGGGAGGCCUAGAAUCGAAUGACUAGAAUCGAAACGAAACCUAUACAAUCGUAAGCAAAUGAAUAAUGAAUCAGUUAGUCUGAGCCAUUAAUGUUAGUUUGGGGAGUGUUCUGCUUAUUUCUUGUCUGUUCUUUUGCAUAUCUUUUGUAUACAGUAGUUAUAAUAAUAAUAAUACAUAAUACAGAAAGCAGUUCUUCAUACCCCAGUUAUGCAGGUUAAAGCGUAUUUAACUAAAAAGCAUAAUUGCAAUUUUUGACACGUAAGUUAUAUUCUUUUAAAGUCACAAGAAAACGAAUUCUUUAGGUUAAUUCUAUGUUAAAGAAAGAUGUUUUCAAUGGUUUUGCUAUAGAUUUGUGUCCCCUAAAUUUGUAAUUUCCUAUAAGGUUGAAUCUCACAAAACCUGGAAAUAAUGUCUGGGUCAUUUAUUGCCUCAAAGUCAUAAGAAACAUGUUUCAAAUGAUAAAUCAUUGUUUAAUCAUUAAUACAUUACAGACGUGUGAAAUAAUGGUAAAAAUGAAAAACAGCAACAUUAAACACUUGGAUGCACUGUAGUAAUAUGAAAUGUUAUUAAAGGGAUAGUUCACCCGAAAAUGAAAAUUCUGUCAAUUUAUUCACCCUCUUGUCAUUUCAAACCUGUAUGGUCUUUCUACUGCAGAACACGAGGAGUUAUUUUAAAGAAUGUUGGUAACAACGGCCGUACCCAUUCACUUCUAUUGUAUAGACACGGAACCAAUGCAAGUCAAUGGGUACCGCUGAUAUGACUUUUUAUUUUUGAGUGAAUUAUCCCUUUAAAAUCGUGUCAUAAUCCAUCAUCAAUAACAAUUUGGUGAUUUUUUACUGAAAUGUGAUCUGGAUGUUUUUUUUUUUAUUUAUUAAGGGUCGCCCAAAAAGGGUCUUGCCAAUUAUAUGACUUUCUAAUGGAAGCUUAUUUCCCAGUGUGAUGAAUGAUUCAUUUAUAAAUCUAAAGCGCGCACUCUCUGAUGAGGAUGUUUCCGGCUUCCGAUCUGAAUAUUCAACAGCCUAAAGAAACAAGCUCCAACGAGAGAACCUCCGCUGCCCCCAAUCUGUCAUAUCAUCUCCAGUUCAUCUUCAGCGUUUCCCCUCCUCCAUGAGCUGUGCUUGAAGAAGGAAUACCCAGUCGUGCAGAAAAUUUGCCCGACUGACCUACAUAUCCCCAUGCAGGACAAACACGGAGCCCGUAGCUUUUAUCUCAUCUUCGCCGAUUUUACACUUUGCCUUAGGACACACAGCUUCAUGUAUUCCAAUCAGAAUGACAGUAUGUGAAAAAGCUAGUGAAAACAUGGAUUACAAAAAAGGUUCUGCUAGAAAAGUACGGUUACUGCUCACAAUUUUUUCUUUGUAAUAUGUUGAAGUAUACUAGAAGUCUUAUCUUUAUUUGCAUAAAAUUUUUUACGUGCCAUACUAUUUUUGCAUUAGGAACGUUAACAAAUCACUUCUUGUCGCUGCCAAGUUUAAUUAUUUUCAACGAAUGAUUUUCGCAACGUCUGGUGUCUGAAUCCCUCAGCUUUGUAGUUGCAUGGGUCUGUUGAUCGCAUGUGAUGGAGACUUGCACGUGGUUUUCUUUACCAAGUAACACCAUCCGAUACGACAGUUUAAGGACUGUUAGUGGUGCCUUUUCCUAGAUUAAACACACAUCACUAAAUAUUUUGAGAAAACAAGAACUGUAGCUGCUCUGAAUUCAUCUCAGGAAGUGAUUCUGAUUUCGUAGCAACUCUUAGCAUUCACAAUUAUGUUUGCAAGUAUCACUUCCCAAUAGGCAUUGUUACGUAUAACUCAAAUUGACUAUUCAUCUGAAUUUACACCCGUGUGUCAUUACACUUUGGCCAAAUGGCAAAUUAAAAUAAUAACAGGAUCAUUUUGUUUACAGUAAGAAAAUAUUGCAAUGCUGUUUAAAACUGAAACUUUUCAGUCAUACUUUGAUGUGCAGUAUAUGGAACCCACGUGAAAGGAAAACUCAAAAAAAUCUCAAAAUUUUGUAAAAAUUUAUGACAUUUUUUGGUAAAUAAAAUUCACACCAAUUUGUAUAUUUGCACAUAUUGCUUGGCUCUAAAUAACAAUUGGCAAGACAUAGAAAAUCCUUAUCCAGUUAUCAUGAACGGCUUCCAUAAAAAAUAAAGUUAUAACCCUGUAGGUAUCAGAUUAAUCUUGUUUCGUUUGAUGGAUCAGAUUUUUUGCCUUCCUUCACAUUUAAAGGGCUAAAACAAGUACUGCCCUCUGGUGGCCAAAACUGGCUUACCAACUCCCUCUGUAGGAAAAAAGGGUGUUGGGCAACUACCACCACAGUUGGCAGACACAAAACUACUUGUUUGACAUUUUCUAACCACAUUUCUUAAUUUUCAUCAUAUUUUGUCUUUGUUAUUUUAGUCAUUCCUAACUCUAGCUUGCACUGGCAGCCGUGCACCAAAGUAUCAUUUAAAUUCACACUCUUAGAUUUGCAUAGUGUCUUCACUAAUGCUGUUUUCAGCUGCCUUUGAGUGUUAUUAUUACUCAUGUGUUUGAGUAUCAUUAGCAUUGACCUCUUUCUCUCUGCUGCUGGGAAAUUCAAUGCAUUACAUUCCCACAUCUGUUGUAUGACUCAUCUAGAAUAUAGAUAGUACAUAGACUUCAUGGCAGGGCUUAUGUCAUCAUAAAUAAUAUCAGGUUAUAUCAUAUUAAAUAAAUCAAAGUUUUCUUCGACGUUUCCAUAUUUCACGUCUUUUCAGUUUACCUCUCCUCUGCCCAGUGAUCCAGGGCUGUUCUGUGAAAACUUAUUCUUUUGCUGUUAAGUUAAACCUUCUACCCAAGCUAAUGCAUUGCAGUAUUUAAGACCUCGCUGGUCUGAUAAUAGGAUGUUGUAUGGUAUUUGCACGAUUACUAAGGCACUCGGUGCAUCCCUGUUCUUAACAGACUAUAUGUGAUAUUUCUGGAAGUAUGUUUUGGGAACGUAUGCUUCAUUGGGCGUGUAUUGUAUGUAUGCCAUUGUGGGUGUUUAUUGUAUGUAUGCUACAGUAAGAUUCCUUCUCUGGACGCAGUGUUCCACAGGGCAAAAGUGCUGUUUGUCUGUUAAUAGUGGUUUGUGAAAACUGUCAUUUUGGGUUUUUCCUCGAAACACUUUUUGUCUGGUAAUGAUAUUCUCAAAUGAGUGUUUGAAUGGUUGGAUCCCUCGUGAUGUUGUCGUACACAGCCCCACUGUUUGGAUGUGAACCAUACUUGAGUCCAAAUAAAAAAAAAUUUUUGACCUUA